GUCUGGUUCGGCAUGUUUACGUUUGUCAUAUUAUUAUUAGAAUAGAUUUUUUACUAUAAACAUUAAAUAUUGUGUAAAAUAACAGAUGGGUACCAAUGAUAAAUCACCGAUUAAAGCAUAAUUGCUUAAUGGUUUUUAAGCAUAAUUCUGUAAUUGCUAAAGGAAGCUUUUAGCACACUUAAUUUAUGGAAAAACGCACAAAAAAAAAAAAAAAAAAACACAAGAUAGUGGCCAAAGUAGAGUAGACAUAAAAUUACCAAUUUACGAUUAUGUCACGAGAAGCAAGAAUUCGCUGAAAGUAAAACAAAUGAUUUAAAUCCAUUAAAAGUAUAUAAUCUUACAGAAAGUUUUAAUCAUUGUUAUUAUUAUCAUUAUUUACCUUUGCUUAUGUACGAUAUAUAAUAGCAUUGCCGGUGAAAUUACAAGGUUUGAACUGCUUUUGAACGAUUUUACGAGUUCAAUCGAAUUGUUUUCACAUGUGCGCAUGCUCAGACAGUAAAGAGUGUUGUUCGUCACUAUGACAACGAGACUAUUAAAAACCUUUCGGGGCCGUAGGGGGAGUGGAAGCAGAUUAUGUGCACAGGUGUUGCUUUGGAGACGUCCACGCGUUUGUGGACCACCUAGAUGGAGAAGAAGUGUCUCUAAAUAAAGGCGAAAACUGCGCAGCAAGAGGAUUCUGUUGUUGAUUAUGACUGAGACUGUAUACAAAAACUCUCAGGAGGAGUAUGAAGAUGACUUUGAGAAGGAUCUAGACUGGUUAAUAAGUGAGGAGAGUCGAAGUGAGGAUCAGGGAUCCAAUUAUGAUGACAUAGAGGCAGAAAUAGACAAGGAACUGGAAGUGGACGAGAAACAACUGGAAGGGAAAGGAAAAAAAGCAGAAAACGCCGAAGAUGAAGAAAAGUGGCCUCCUCCCAUGGAGCCGCUGGAGUACGACUCAGACAGAGAUAGCCCCGGUAAAGUGUUACCCACCAUACCACCUCCUCCAGAGGUGGAGGGUCAGACAGAUGAGGAGAAGAAGUACAUAUUGGAGAAGAUCCAGCAGGCCAACAGGGAGCUGCAGGAACAAGAAACACCAGAUAUCACAAGAAAGAGGAGGCUUCAUUUUAAAGAAAAGCUGGUGGAUUUGGUGGUUCCUCCAUCGCCAUUUGAGACAGGCGGCAAUGACAGGGAGGUUGAAGAGGGAAAAGGCGACAAGGACAAAACUAGAGAUUCAAGGGCUGAUGCUGAGGUUUUAGAGAAGAUGUCUGAAUUAAAACUUUCCCCACGUUUCGAAAGCAUUCCUAAUGAAGGAUUAAAGGAAGACUUGGGGCACAGAGAGGGUAAGGUGCUUGUCGAAAAGGAUGGAAAGUUUGAUUUGGUUAGUAUGAAGGAUGUGGAGAGUCAGGGCCUUCUUCCUCCAAUAACAACCUGCUUCAGCAACGACUCACCCUCCUCAUCAACCUUUCAGCAGCAGAGCGGGAACCCCCGAAAGAGCCCCAGCUCCUCCUCUUCCUCUCUGCGACUUAGAGCCGGCUCCUCCUCCUUCCACCUGGGACACCUUCAGACCCCCAGGCCGCCAACCCAGUCCAGGAUCAGGCCCAGUUCAGCAAGCCACAGGCAGGCAGGCAGUCAGAGGAUAAACAGCAGGAGACGGGUGCAGUCUGCCACCGGGACGCCCUGUCAGGCCACGUUCACGCUCUCUCCCCAGCAGAAGGAGCUGCUGCAGAGAGUCCAGGAGAGGAAAGACAAGCUGGCCAAAGAGGCAGAGCAGAGAAAACACGAGGAAGAGGAGUUAAAGAGGCAGGAGAACGAGCAGGCUUUUAAAGCCUGGGUGUUGAGGAAGAGGGAGCAGCUUCAGGAGGAGAAACGGAUCCAUCGAGCCCAGGAGAUAGAGAGGAUCAACUGUCAAAGAGAAUCCGCGGACCCAGAUGAAGCCUUCAGGUCGUGGCUUCAGAGGAAAUAUGAGCAGCAGCAGAAAGAAAGACAGCUUGUGAAGAUGAAGAGGCUGGAGGAGGACAGUGGUUACUUGUUACACAGCCGUGAGGAGUGUGAACAUGCCUUUAAACUCUGGCUGAAACGGAAGCGGGCAGAGAAGCUAGCCGAGGAGCAGGCUGCUCGAGAGCACUCCCGCAGGCUGGUGCUGGAGGAGCGGCGCCUUCGUCGUACAAGAGACAUGAUGUGCACCAUCAAUGAAACCAAGCCCUUCAGGUUCACUGAACAGCUGGCCUUUCCGUUCUAAUUCUGCUCCGCUAAAUUAUGUUAGGACAAUACAAACUCAAUGACAGGAAAGAACAAUAGCAUGAAAAAAGGAUUUUUUUUUGUAUGAAUGUUUUUUGUCUAAUUGUAUCCUUUUAUUUACACUUUAAAAUAGUUAACCGCAGUGACCUCAUCUCAGUGUAAAUAUGACCAAUUUCUUUAUACGUAUUAAGUAUUUUUACCUUCAGGAGCAUAAAUUAAUAAAUUAAUUUAAAUAAAUAAAUUGAUUUUAAUUAAUACAUUAUGAUAAAAAUAAUUUGAUUUAGUUAAGUAAUCAAAUUCUUAGUCUAAAUCUGUAUUUUAAAUAUUUUUAUUGCACAAAGAGCUUUUAUUUCUUUUAAUUUUGAUAUUUAAGGCUAAGUCACACAGCCACUACAUACAUUUCGCGCAUAUUUCAUGGAUGAAAAUUUGUCAUGCCUGAAUAUUCGUGCAAAAAGUGAGGAAAGUUUUGGUCUGUAUGGGAAAUUUUCCCAGAUGUCUUAGGAAUGAACCACGUUAAAAUUUCAAGAAAUACGAAUAAACCACGCAAAGAACACGUAAAUCAACUUAAAAGCCAAAUUUGGCCCGAAAGUCGUGCAUCAAUUACAUAAUUUUAACGUGAUAUGUGCGCCGUACAUAUCACGUACGUAUCUGAUAUUAAAGUUGGAAAUAUGUGGACAUACAUGGAACGGUCGUAGAAAGCCACAAAUUUGCAUAUGCAUCUCGCAAAAAUCACACGCAAUUGCGUAAGAUUUAAGGACUAAUUG